UAACCAGAUAUUUGUAUUUAAUUUUGAGAUAUUCCUAUCUCUAUAUUUAUAUUAAAGUUUGAACCCUAAUUGCCUUAGCCCGUGUAACCAUGUCAACGUUUAGUAGCAAAAACCAUAAGCGAUCUGCUGGAGAUUUAGUGGACCACAUUAGCAAAAAGGUCAAAGUUGACACAUCUGUUUCAGCGCCGAAUUCGGCGGCCCUUGCUGACUGGAGCCAGCUGCCGUACGAGAUUCUGCUGCAAGUCUUCCGUUACCUGAACGACAACAGCGACAAGUACCACGCUGCCCUCACGUGCAAGUCCUGGCUCCGACCACUCUCAGAGCCUUCCCUGUGGAAGUCCGGAGAUUUUGUUUUCAAUGCAAAAAGUGGGACAAGAGCCAUCCGAUUUGUGAGAAUCGCUGGCCAAUCGUUACGUCACGUUAAAGCUGAUUACCCAGAGUCGAAAGACAAGGUGUAUUGCAACGAGGAGUUGUACCAGUUUCUGGCCAACUUAAUCAACUCACGCAACCAGCGACUAGUGACCUUUAGGUUGACCAACUUGCAAUAUUUGAAGAACUUGGAGUAUUCAGGGGUGAGGAAAACAGAUGAAAUCAUCGAUCUCCUGAAAAAGUUACUUAAUCAACAACGACAGCUGCGUGUGUUGGAUCUUAGUAACAGCAAGGGUCAGCCAUUUUUGUCUGAAUCUAUCAAACAUGGUCAGCCAUUUUUGUCUGAAUAUAUCCAACAGGGUCAGCCAUUUUUGUCUGAAUCUAUCCAACAGGGUCAGCCAUUUUUGUCUGAAUCUAUCCAACAGGGUCAGCCAUUUUUGUCUGAAUCUAUCCAACAUGGUCAGCCAUUUUUGUCUGAAUCUAUCCAACAUGGUCAGCCAUUUUUGUCUGAAUCUAUCCAACAUGACCUAGAGUUGAGCUAUGGCUACCUGUGUGACGACCUACUGCUCCACCUGGCCAGGACAUCAACCAGCCUGAAGGUGAUGACCAUUCGAGCAGACGGCUACACCAGCGACCUUGGUCGAACAACCGCUGCAGCAUGGAGGAAGCUAACAGCAGCAUGUCGUGAGCUGAGAGCAAUGUUGUUCAUCAAACCCAAAUCUGAAUCCUACUUUGAUCUGGCCACAAGUUCUAUGCUCACCCCGUCAAUGCCUCUGUGUCAAGUCUACUGGGACGCCGGCGGGGUUAUCGCUAUACAGAACAUAGAACAGUUCUUUCAACAUGUGGCACGGCACUUUAAGACCACCCUACAACAUCUGGAGCUACAUACUGGUGUCCGUCUAGACAUGGAAUGCUUUGAAGUGUUGUUUAAAAGUUUACAGCCGUGCACAAAUCUGGACAACUUGUCACUAGGUUUGACCUGUGACUUGAGUGAUGACGUAGAGAUGUACACGACAGCCAUCAGAGAUGUCAUGACGCGAUGUCCGGUCUCAUGUGACGUCACACUGAACGGUCAAGCAGUCAAAUAAAACUGGUCAGUCUGACACGGUUGGUGGGGUCAGGAGAGUUCACCAUGUUGGAUCAGUUC